UAAUCGCGGUCCGGACGCAGACGCCGGCGGUGCUUCCUUCUGUCCAUACUUCUUUUUCUAGCUUGCUGAGCAUCCAUGCUCGUCCGCCUUUGGCAGGCGCUCUUGCUGGAUAUUUAGGCCUGCCGCUCCGCUCCUUCCUGCGCGGACGUCGCUGCAACUUGAUCGCAUUCGCGCCCCGGCAUCUGCGAUCCCUCCGGCUCACCCCAUCACGCAGCUCUGCGCUUUGUGCUUUCGCCCCGGGACCAGCGCGGAGCCUCGCGCUGUUCACGCUGGCCAACCUCGCCGUUCUGCCAUUCUUGUGCCACGUUAGCUUCGCUCGCAGCCCGUUCUCGUGCCUGGCCGUCUGCUUCCCAGAGUCCCAGGACCGCUCCGUGCGGCCGGCCUUGCUUUAGCUACGCUUCCGGCUACCGCAGAGUGGGGGCAUGGCCUUCAACACCAACGUCAUCGGCCAAACUGGCGCCUCCGUGGGCGUCCCAUCCUACGCGGGCUCCUCGCCGAACGGCACCUACCAUGGCUCGCCAAACGGAGGAGCCGCUCCAAUGCCCACCUUCCUGGCCGAGCGGCCCGAGUUCGACAUCUUUGCCUGGCACGCCGCCUACCAGAGUUGUCUCAAGUUCUUCCUCGACAGGUCCCAGCACGACUCCAUGGUUCAGGCCGUCGCAGCCCUCAUCAAUAUCCGCCUACCUUUCCAGUGGACAGACCACCCGGUCAUGGGAAGCGGUCGGUAUGCUCCAUCCGGCAUCCCGAGCCCAAGCACAUAUGCCUCACCCUACUCAAGGCACGGCAUAGGCCCUCAACCACAGACCGCCGCCUCGUGGGUGUCAUUAAUACCCUUCAUCAGACGACUCGUAGCCACCGGAUUCGACACGGAUGGCAUUCUACAUGGCUUUUUCGGCGACGACUGGCGACGCGGCGUUGGCGAUCUGCAGGAGGUUGAACGACGCAACUUCCUUUUUACGGCCAAGAGCGUCGGCUGGGCGAAGGUCAAGUAUCAGUACGACAUGCCCCCCGACCAAUUGAUCCCGUUCGUCAGACCGCUACAAAAUGUCAAGAUCGAGGAGAUCGAGAACGCCGAAAGGGAGUGGAGCAAAUGGCUUGCGAUGGAAGACUGGAUGGUAGGGCCUAGGGAUCCCGAUGUCGCCAUGGCUCCAGAGUCAAGGGGCAAUUCUGUUUGACAUGAGUCUAAUCACCAGCUGAAUCGCUGCGAGUAGGAAGCCGAUUGGCAUUCUGGUGGCGAGGCAAAUGCUUGUAUAAUUACGCAGAUUUUGAGCGUACGGCGUUUUCUCCAGCGGGGAUAUCCCAGUACUGUUUGCUGUCAUUUUUGUGAUUCUGCAUCCGGUAUCAAAUGGUUGUCGGCGAUGUCUGUCGCCACCUUGUACACCUUCAAGCUUUCACUCCUUCCAAAGAGACAAGCUAGUAUAUAAUGCAAGCAACGGUUCCGCUGUCACAGUGGCGGACUCUUCGCUUACUCGUGUAUUCCCCC